AUGUCUCUUCGCGUUGACGACAGUGGACGGCGCGCCCGGUCGCGCUCACCCGGCCGCGGCGCAGAGGAUCGCGACCGCAGCCGUGGUCGCGUGCCCGAGCCGGACCCGUAUAUCAUGGACGCGGUGCGCAUGCCUUCUCCGCCAGCCGGCUUCAGCUACGACGAUGACCGCGAUGCGCCGCCUCGGAGGUCUGUGUACGACUAUGAAGACCAUUCUGGACCGUACCGCGUGACUUCGCCCACUGACGAGUCGUCAUAUCGACGCAGCCGGGAGAAGUUCGAUGACGACGACGGCCAUGGCAAGUAUGCCAGGCAUAAUGAGGACAGGAAGUACAAGAGAGACUCCACGCGGGGGAAUGAACGUGACUCAGAAAAGGACCGUCUUGCAAAUGCUCUGGGUGGUGCGGCAGCUUACCUCCCCGCAAAGUAUGCCUCGAAAGUCAUGGACAAGGCGCUGGCAUCCGAUGGCGAGAAGGACAAGAAGAAGAGCGAGAAGAAGGCCCGUCUGGAGGAGGACCUCGCGUACGGAAAUACCGCGGCUCUACCCGGCAGAUUCCCAAGAGACGAUUCACCACCAUCUGAAUUCAAAUACGCGAGCGCACCGCAAUGGCAGUAUGGCCAACCCGAUGACAACCUCCAUUAUAACAUCAGGAAUGCCGAGUAUAAUGGCCCCUCCCUGAGCCCACCAAGAGGCGACCGACGCUCCCGCAGAGAACCGAGUCCAGGUCCUCACCGAACUUCCAGCAAGAAGCACCGUGAUGAUGACCCGCGAUCUUCCAAGUCAAGCGGCUUGACUGUUGAAUCGGGCAGCAGGCGCCGCGAUCGAUCGCGUUCGCCUCAGCCUCCUGUCAAGGGCAUGUCCUCUCUCAGUGUCAGUACAGGACACCCAAGUGGCUCUCAUCUCUCACUAGCGAACGCGCCUGGCUCCCCGCUACUCGAGUCCUACCAUGGGACCUACCAGUCUAUGUCGCCUAUGCCAUCACCACUCCUUCUUGCUUCCAACGGGCCUCUUUCGCCUAUUGAGCCAUUGUCCCCAGGGGUUUCGGACGACGAGCGCGGCGACAAGAAAAAGCGUCGCGCGCGCUUUAGCGAUCCAGUCGAUGAUGCUGCUCGUCUUGCGAAGGCGCUCAAGGGAGAGAAGCGUGCCCCUGACAUUGAGCCUCUAAUCGAGAUCCUUCCCGGUUUGACCCAUGAACAGAUCAUGGAUCUGCGCCAGGAGUACAAACGACUUGUGAAAACCGGCAGUGAACGCAAGGGCGUAAACAUUGCAAAGCAUAUCCGCGCGCGGCUAAAGGACGAACACCCGUUGUUGAUGAAAGCAGCGUACUCUGUUGCACUUGGCAAGUGGGAAGGAGAAGCAUACUGGGCGAACUUCUGGUACCAGGGUGAUAAGACCAGGCGCGAGCUGCUGAUCGAAUCUAUCAUGGGUCGGACCAAUGACGAGAUUCGAAGGAUCAAGGACGGCUUCAGUGAUAAGAAGUACCGCGACAGCCUCUCACAAUGCAUGAAGACAGAGCUCAAGGAGGACAAGUUCAAGAAGGCUGUUCUCAUGGUGUUGGAGGAGAGGAGGAUGGAAGAGACGGACGAGUACGGCCGACUUCUCCGCAUCGAUCAAAGGCUGGUUGAGGACGAUGCUCAUGAUCUCUACAAGUCCGUCAGGAGCGAGAAGGGUGGUGAAACAGCCAUGAUUCAGAUUGUUGUCAUGCGAAGCGACUCCCACCUCAGGGAAGUGUUGAAGCUCUACGAGAGGACCUAUAGGUCCAACUUCGCCAGAGACGCCCUCAAGAAGAGUGGAAACCUUGUCGGCGAACUUCUCGCGCACAUUUUGAACGGAGUGAUCAAUAAGGCUGUCCGUGACGCCUUGCUCCUGAACCACGCGCUCACGGCGUCCAAGAAGGACAACCUGCGUCGUGAGUUGCUGAUUAGUCGCUUGGUCCGCUAUCACUGGGAUCGCCACCACAUGGCUGCUAUCAAGAAGGCGUACAAGGAGCGGUACGGCCACGACCUGUCGCAAGCGGUCAAGGAGGGCACGAGUGGAGAAUGGGGCCUCUUCUGCGAGCAGCUAUGCGUUACACGCAUGCCCGAUGAAGUCAAGAGGUUUUCCAACGUUGAGAUUAUCAACAGGUAG